AUGAGUGCCACAAGACUUGACCGAUUGGUCAUUCUUCUCGACACUGGUAGCACUCAACUCAUCCGCAACACAGCUGCACAACAGCUCGCCGACGUGCAAAAGAACCAUCCGGAUGAACUAUUCAACUUACUAACUAGAGUUGUUCCCUUCCUUCGCUCGUCUUCAUGGGAUACUAGAACAGCAGCUGCAAAAGCCCUGGGCGGAAUCGUUGAACAUGCGCAAAAGUUCGAUCCCAAUGAAGAUGAUGUCAAGAAUGAGAAUGGCGACGUCAAGGAAGAGAAUGGUUCUUCGACACCUCUAAUCUCUGACGAACAAUUGGAGCUUGCAACCUUGGACGUCGAGGCCAUCCUGACCAACGGAAAGGAGUUGCUCGGCAGCGCUGGACGUCAAUAUGACUUCAAACUGGCUGGCAUGGACCCCGCUCAAAGGCUAGCUCAUCAGAAGAAGACCCUUACCAAUCGACUCGGUCUUGGUGGGGAGUACAUGGAGGACGAACUUGUCACAGAGACAGAUAUCGCCGUCCGCACCAGUUUUCCACCACCAGCCAUGCCGACUGCAGACUCCAGUGUUUCCAGAGCCAACAGUGUAUCGGAAUCUGCUGUCGUCUCUCCCAGUGAUCAGCAAACUCCUUCCGAAGCCAUGAGUAAGAGACAGCUAAACAUGCUCAAGCGACGCAGAAAGGAAGAACUCAAACGCGACAACAAGAAGUUCAAAUACGAUCUUACAAGCAUGAGACGUGAGAGUACCACAGUACCUACUCCCGCCGACUCAGAUACCAUCAUUAAGGAUGAAAAUGGAGAGCCCAAUGCCAGCGUUCCCGACUACUUCUCACUGGAAAGAAAAGGUGGUGACGAUGAUGCAAAGGUCGUGUCAGAGUUCAAGGGUGCUCCUAUUGUUGAAAAGUCCGCCUUCCAAACCGAAGUCGAGGAGGCUGGCAAUGGAUGGCCGUUCGAACGACUCUGCGAAUUUCUAACCGUGGACUUGUUCGAUCCUGCUUGGGAGAUUCGUCAUGGUGCUGCCAUGGGGCUUCGAGAAAUUGUUCGCGUGCACGGAGCUGGAGCUGGCCGUCUGCUAAACAGGACUAAACACGACAACGAUCGCCUAAACCAGGCAUGGCUCGAUGAUCUUGCUUGUCGCAUAUGCUGCGUCUUCAUGCUCGACAGAUUUGCGGACUACGUCUCAGACAAUGCUAUCGCACCAAUCAGAGAAACUGCUGGUCAGACACUGGGUGCACUCUUGCAAUAUCUCCCGGCGUCCUCAGUACAUGCAGUCAAUCGUAUCCUUUACCGUUUGGUCAUGCAGAAAGACCUCAGGGUCAACAGGCGUAUCUGGCACGCUUGCCACGGUGGUAUGAUUGGUAUGCGAUAUCUGGUGGCGGUUAGAAAUGACCUGCUGCUUCAAGACAAUCUCUUGAUGGAUGGCGUCUUGGAGUGUGUCAUUAAAGGACUCGGAGACAGCGACGACGAUGUCAGAGCAGUCAGCGCGGCCACUUUGAUUCCUGUUGCCAAAGAGUUCGUCAACAUGCGUCAUACUGCACUCAACCAUCUCAUUAGCGUUGUCUGGGAAUGUCUCUCGAAUCUGAGCGACGAUCUCAGCGCAAGUACAGGAUCCGUUAUGGACUUGCUUGCGAAGCUCUGUGGCUUCCCCGAAGUCCUUGACGCCAUGAAGAAGAACGCUGCAGAGAACCCAGAGCAAUCCUUUGCAGAGCUGGUGCCUCGUUUAUACCCUUUCCUUCGCCACACCAUCAGCACAGUUCGUUCCGCUGUGCUUCGCGCUCUCCUUACAUUCGUCAACAUUGAUGGCGAUGAUGCCAAAAGCUGGGUCGACGGUCGUGCUCUGCGCCUUGUUUAUCAAAACCUGCUUGUUGAACGUAAUGAGACAGUUCUCAAACUCUCGCUUCAAGUUUGGUAUGCUCUCGUCGACGUCCUAGCCGUUCACCCCGAAAAAUUCGCGGCAGAAUUCAAACCUCACGUUGCACCUUUGGUGACACUCACACUCCAUCCCAUUGGUGUAUCUCGUCACCCUAUUCCAAUGGACGCAACACUGUUCAUACGUCCUUCAGGCUACAGCUACACGCCACUGAGUAGUGCCACACGUAAAUCUUCUCCAGUCAACGGAUCUUCCGAGCCUGCUAGNGAAGAGAAGAAGAUCCGACAAGAAGGACAAGGACAUGCCCCUCCAACCUCCUCAUCAGCCCACAACGUUGAUGGACACAUGAUGCAAGGCGACGUCGAUCUCGUUGGAGCAGACAUCAUGAUCCGAUCUAGAAGUCAUGCAGCCCAAGCACUCGCGAAGGCCUGCCAGGUUUGGCCGGCAGCAACAAGACGCGACAUGUUCUCUCCCAAGGUUCUUCCUAGCCUCAAAUCUGGCUUCUCAACCACACAACUCUUCACCGCUAUCUUCAUAGAGGAAUACGCCAGAAUAUCUCACACCAAGGAUGAUCUCACCGCAUCAUUUGCAGAGAGCCUCCGUCCUCUUGUGGAAGAAGAGAGACCUAGCUGGUACAGCGACCUCACCAGCUAUCUACAAAUUGUCCGCGCACAGUGUCAGAGCCUUCUGACCACGUUCCGCGAGAAGGCCCAUGUACCGGCGAGCAAACUCCCCAUUAUUGCUGUUGUGGUUCAAGGAGAGCCAGAGGCUGGCAAGAAUGCCUUUUCACUUGCCGAUGGAGAGCGCAUUGCUGUCCAGGACUUCGAGAGACUACGCAAGACUCUCUCGCCUGCUCAGCGUGUCACUUCAACUGAAAUGUUAUCAAGUGCAAAGGCAGAUGUCGACUCAGUCAUCGCUGAAGCAAUUCUCAUCAAGAAACAGCGCGAUGUUCGCAUUAAGUCUGCUGCAGCCGCGGCCAUUGUGGCCCUGAGGGAAAUACCUAAGAAGCCCCAGGCUACCAUCAAAGGUCUUAUGGACAGCGUUAAGGAUGAAGAAAACUUCGAACUCCAAAAGCGCUCUGCAGCAGCAAUCGCCAGUCUGGUUGAUCAGUUGGUUGCCAGUGGUCGUAUGAAGGUUGUCGACAAGGUUGUUGGCAACUUGGUUAAAUUCUGCUGCAUGGAGACCGGCGAGACACCAGAGUUUCACCCUAACGCAGAUAAGGAAUCUGGCAUUCUCUCGCUGCAGAAGGAUGAAGAUAUUCAGGACCGUCCAGAUGCCGCCAAGUAUGAGAAAGAGGUUCGUCAAGCUCGUAUCACGAGACGUGGUACCAAGGAUGCUCUGGAGCAACUUUGUUUCCAGUUUGGCAGCGACCUCUUCGACAAGGUACCCAUGCUUCGCACUCUCAUCGAAGAUCCCAUCCGUCACUGCUUCACCGGUGAGCUGCCUGCCAACAUCACUGACCCAGAGCAAAAUGUUGGUCAAGAAGUUGUGGAUGCCAUGUCCACACUUCGCGCAUUGAUGGCGUCAUUCCACUCUGAUCUCCAUCCAUUCGUUCUUGAUCUCAUGGGCUUGGUUGCUAGAGCUCUUCAGACACGACUUGCUGUUCUUCGAUACACCGCUGCCAAGUGCUUUGCAAGCAUUUGCAGUGUUAUCACCGUCAAGGGAUUCACCAUGCUGGUUGAGCGAGUCCUGCCACCAAUCAACAACCCAACCGACAUACAUUGCAGACAGGGCGCGAUCGAAUGCAUAUACCAUCUCAUCCAAGUCAUGGAAGAUCGUAUCUUGCCCUACGUCAUCUUCCUCUUGGUCCCUGUGCUUGGGCGUAUGAGCGAUUCGGACAAUGGUGUACGCUUGAUCGCAACUACCGCUUUUGCUACACUGGUCAAGCUUGUACCCCUCGAAGCCGGCAUUCCAGAUCCUCCCGGCCUUUCUGAGGAGCUUCUCAAGGGACGCGAAAAGGAGCGUAAGUUCAUUGCGCAGAUGCUUGAUCCGAAGAAGGUCGAGUCGUUCGAGAUUCCAGUCGCAAUCAAGGCCGAUCUCCGUUCGUACCAACAAGACGGCGUUAACUGGCUGGCUUUCCUCAAUCGAUACCAUCUACACGGUGUUCUCUGUGACGAUAUGGGUCUUGGUAAGACACUGCAGACAAUCUGCAUCGUCGCCAGUGAUCAUCAUAUGCGCGCAGAGGAAUUUGCCAAAACUCAAGCACCCGAUCAGCGCAAGAUGCCGUCUUUGAUUGUCUGUCCUCCAACUCUAUCCGGACAUUGGCAGCAAGAGAUCCGCACAUAUGCGCCCUUCCUGAAUGCCGUCGCCUAUGUCGGCCCACCCUCCGAGCGUAACAAGCACCGCGCAAAGCUUACCGAGGCUGACAUUGUCAUCACUUCGUACGACAUUUGCAGAAAUGAUGUAGAAGUCUUUGCACCUCACACCUGGAACUACUGUGUUCUGGAUGAGGGCCAUCUCAUCAAGAACCCCAAAGCCAAAGUUACACAAGCUGUCAAGCGUCUUGCAAGCAACCACCGCCUCAUCCUCUCUGGUACACCAAUCCAAAACAACGUGCUUGAGCUUUGGUCAUUGUUUGACUUCCUAAUGCCCGGCUUCCUUGGUACAGAGAAGAUGUUCCAAGAUCGUUUCGCAAAGCCAAUUGCUGCUUCACGUUUCAGCAAAUCCUCUUCAAAGGAACAAGAAGCCGGUGCAUUGGCCAUCGAGGCCUUGCACAAACAAGUCUUGCCCUUCUUGUUACGCCGCCUCAAGGAAGAAGUGCUGGAUGACUUGCCACCCAAGAUUUUGCAGAACUAUUACUGCGACCUGAGUGACUUGCAAAAGAAGCUUUUCGAAGACUUUACUCGCAAAGAGUCAAAGACAAUCGCCGAAAAAGCUGGCUCUGCCGACAAGGAGGCUAAACAGCAUAUUUUCCAAGCUCUGCAAUACAUGCGUAAACUUUGCAACUCGCCAGCCUUGGUCAUGAAAGAGAGCCAUAAACAAUACGCAACUAUUCAAGCGCAGUUAGCACGUCAAAACUCGAGUUUGACUGAUCCAGUCCAUGCUCCCAAGCUCACAGCUCUCAGGGACCUUCUCGUCGACUGUGGCAUUGGUGUCGAUUCUGCAGCGGCAGGCGAGGUACCUUCAGCCGAUCAGGCCGUCUCUCAGCACAGAGCGCUCAUCUUCUGUCAAAUGAAGGAAAUGCUCGACAUGGUUGAAUCAACCGUCUUCAAGCGUAUGCUUCCGUCAAUCACAUUUUCUCGCCUUGAUGGAAGUGUCGAAGCAUCCAAGCGUCAGGAUAUUGUAAACCGCUUCAACUCUGAUCCAUCUAUCGAUUGCUUACUCCUUACUACGAGUGUUGGUGGACUUGGUCUCAACUUGACUGGUGCGGAUACGGUCAUCUUUGUCGAACACGACUGGAAUCCCCAAAAGGAUCUUCAGGCUAUGGACCGUGCGCAUCGUAUUGGUCAGAAGAAGGUCGUGAACGUUUACCGCUUGAUCACUCGCGGCACUCUAGAGGAGAAGAUUCUCAGCUUGCAGAGAUUCAAGAUCGACGUAGCUAGCACCGUCGUCAACCAGCAAAACGCGGGGCUGGGAAGCAUGCAGACAGAUCAGAUCUUGGAUCUCUUCAACAUGGGUGACACAGAAGGUGCGCCAUCGCUCGAAGACAAGCCCAAAGACCCCAACUCAAUCGACGAAGCGGACGCUGUGGACGCUGAAGGUAAUGUCCGUGAGAAGGGCAANAAGGGCAUUCUUGAUGAGCUUUCUGAGCUCUGGGAUGAAAAGCAGUACGAGGAGGAGUUCAACUUGGAUGGAUUCUUGUCGACCAUGAAGGCAUGA